CUGUAAUUUCAAUCCACGGGAUUGCGAAUUUUCAAUCCAGCUGCGCUGCGCUUACGUAAUCCUCCGUGGGCGACUCGGCUUCCGUCGACUAAAUUUAGAGUACGGUCCGGUCAUAGAGGAAGGGGUCAACCCACUCAUCUAGUGCAGAAUUAGCUGAGGAAGGAUGGUCUACGCUCUAUGGUCUACGUUAGACCUGUUAUAACAGUGAGAAAGGAACAGAAAGGUCUAGAUCGUGACAUCAGGGACAUGACACGGCUUAAUUAAGCAGCGGGAGUUAAGUGUUAACACAUUGGCAAAAACAACCAAACAAACGUUAGCUAUAUAUUGUCACUACCUGUACAGGGGUUCUUCUGAUAUGACCAGGCAAUGAAGUUGAAGUCCUACCUCGACAUGAAAUGGCAUGACAUGCAUUUGUGCAUGCAUCGUACGUAAGGUUACGUGCAGUUUUCCCUCUGUGAAUGUGUGCAAAUUGAAGGAUUUAGGGCUUUGACGGUAAAUGUGCGCUAUGAGUCAGAGCACAGAGCCUUCUUCCUUGCUCUAUAGUCAGAGCACCUCCUUGGCUAUGAGGACUACUAUUCAGGGACUCCGAAUGAAAUUCCCGUCUGUGAAAAAUGUGACAACGGUGACCUUGCAGAAUUGGAUCGAUGGAGGGCCGACUGUGCCAGAUAGUGGUGCCAGUGCAGAGAGCUCAAGAAAGGAGAACACGAAGAAGUUGAUCAUUAUUGAUACGAGACCAGAACUAGAGUACAGUGUCAGUCACAUUGCUGAGAGCAUCAAUGUCAACUUUGAGACAGAGGACAUGGACAGGGUCAAGAAACUCAUGCUUCAAGAUAUAAACUAUGAUUCCCCAGAUGAUUCCCCUGGUGUCAGGGUUGUCCUGUACUGCUCUGUUGGCUACCGAUCGUCUGUGUUGGCUGACAAACUCCAGCAGGCAACAAAGCCAGACCCAGCAUACAAACAUUGGCAUUUCUUCAACUUAGAGGGCAGCCUUUUCAAGUGGGCCAAUGAGAACCGACCAAUGGUGGACCAGCAGGGCCUGCCAACUGAUAAGAUCCAUCCUUUCAACAGUCUUUGGGGGAAGCUCGUCGACAAACAUCGUUGGAAAUCUACCCCAUGAUGGUUUCACAACUGUCUGCGAUGAAGCUUCCACUCUGAUGAGCUGCUGAACACAUUAGCUCAGCACAGAAAAUGUUUGCACAGCAUUGAGCAGGUAAAGAUAUCUUGCACUUUGUAUAGCUCAUGGCUAAUUUCCAAGUGAAACAUUACUUCCAGACUGCAUUCGAUUUGACACUCAUGUACAUCUUGUAGGCCUGGCCUAAGGAACUGACCCACCGAGCCUGUUUCUUGGAAAUCCCUACCAUAUAAGGCAAAAACAUGGCAACUGGAAUGAUGUACAGGAAGGAUGGAACAAUGCACAGGAAAAUUGAUACCACUGUAAAUGAUUAGAAGAACUGUUGCUCACAGAGGCAAAUUUGCACAAGUCUUUGCUCAUUUAAAGUUCUGUGAAUUAAAGGCCUGAAAUGUUGAUGUCCGCUUUAGGAAAAUCACUGUUGUCCGUAGAGGGCACUGCCAACAACUGAUUAUUAGUGGGGUUUUUCGGGCAAGGAGACAGACUGAAGUAGCACUGGACCCCUCAAUUCCCUCCCCCUCAAAGAUGAUAGUACCAUUUUUAGAAUGCUGGGGUUUUCAAUUAAAAAAAAUGUCGUGGGGGCCCCUGCCCCCUACCCCCUACCCCAGGAUCUACCAAGGGUACCACCGUAGUAAUGGCUUUUUUAUUUCUCACUUUUGGUUUCUGAAGACCAGUGAACUACAUGUACGUCUGUUACACUGCAAGUUGUACUGGUUUGGGAGAGGGGUAGGAUCAUUGUAUUCAUGAUGCAGGACACCAGUUGUUUACCGCAUGUUACAUUAGUUAUGUUUACAGUUCUUGACCUUUUGUGGCUGUUAAUUGUAAUUUUGACAACCACUUACAGUGGUAAGUUGUUAUGUGUACAUAAAUGUAUAUGGCAUAUUCAAGGGAAAGGUUUGAAGUAAUUUUGGAUAUUUAUAUCUUGUUGAAAGCUUGGCAUAAAUCGUGGCACAUAAGUUUGCAGGACAACUCUUUUUUUGAAUUUUUCAUCUUGUGUAUGGUAUAAUGCUAUGUUAUUUUGAUAUAAUUUUGAGGUUUUCAGGUAUAUGCUUGUGUUUUCUAAUGUAAUGCCUAUUUUAAAGUUUGCAGGCUCGCGCAAAUUGGUGACAAUGCGGUUAAUUCAAAGUGUAUUUGUAGUAAAUUUGUAUGUUUGAUUCAAGAGGCACAGUUGUGAUUUUUUUUAAUGCACGACUGUUUUCAACUGUGCAUGACAGGAAGUCCAAAAAGCAAAUAGUUCAAACGUAGCUCCUAUUUGAAUAAAACUUGCAAUAAUAACGCUAUGUAGUAAAAAAUCUGAAAAGAAAUGAUACAAAUUAGCCUACCCAUGAAAUAGUUAUCUACAAGGGACUGAGUCAAGUUCACCUUAAAUUAAAAUAAUCAAAUACUCCAAUCCAUUAAAAUAAGAUAUAAACACAUUAAAACUUAAAAUAUGCCAUCUUAUGCUCGUA